AUGGCAGCCAGCGCUCCACCCCUUCUAACUACAUCCCUUUCUCUUACCCAAACACUUACUUCUUUUCUCACUGUUGCUUUUCACUCAAUCCUGUAUCAGCGCGCCAUCUAUCCCUCUUCUACUUUCAUCUUGACGCGAGCAUACAACUUCCCUGUACGGCAAUCUCGUCACCCGCUUGUAUGUAGAUGGAUUAAUGAUACCAUAACACAUCUUACACCAAUGGUCCUUGCCGGAUCGGUGGAAAACGUUGUCUUCGUUAUUUUCAAUGAACAGGCCGAAGUAAUGGAGCGGAUUAUUUUCAGUCUCGAGCGCUUCCCUAUCGUCCAUCCAAAUGAUGCUUACCUCGAAUUUGCAGCGCGAGAAACAGGGGAGGCACGCGAAGAUCAAAAAGCUUUAAUGAGAGGAGUUCCGCAGGUCGAUGUUGAUGAACAGCUGCGUGCUACCAUUCGUAUGCUAGACUAUGCCUGUAGUCGUCUAUCACCAUUACCAGAUAAUUGUUCAUACACCGUCGCUUUGGAGCUACGAGAUAAAGCCGAGCCACCCAUUGGGAAUCCUCAACCCUGGAUACCCUCUGAACCAAGUCUUCAGACGGGAAGUCAGCAUCAGAGUCAGACAAUUGGACAUGACUUGGGAGGCGUCAGAAGUGUUCCAGUCAGAUUGGUGGAAGCUGGUGAAUUUAUUUUGGAUACAUGGAUAGAGGAAGGCAAGUCGAAAAUUAGGAAGAAUUCGAGUCCGUAA